GCUUAGAACAUGGUUCCUUAUCAAGUAUCCUGGUGGAUUGAACUUUAAGGUAGUAUCAAAGUGCAAAGCAAAAGGCAGCAUAAGAUCCUUUUAUGCCUCGUAUAGCUGAUCUGGCAUCAUUCAUUUGAACAGGGGAGUCCAGAUUUUCUAUUUAAGAGAAGUUCUAACAUCUUUCAUAAGCAAGAAAAGAAAUCCAAGUGCUAGAGUCCUACAAGGCAAGAAGUUCCUAUACUAAGAGAGUGAUGGCUAGGUAUGGUCAAGCGUACAGGGGCUAUUCCACCAACAGUACACCAAGCUCUGAUGAUUUUUGGAGCAAAAAAAGCAAUGCUCCUGAUCACGUGUGCCGACCGGUCAUCAUUGAUGCUGAAGGGAGGAAAAUGCCUCUCAUUUUCUAUGGCGCUGAUAAGAAUGCAGAUCACUAUGUUACAAGAACUGAGACGAUUUUUCAACAGGAUGUUCAUUCACCUCUGGAGUCUGAAUACAAGCAUAGCACUCGCUUGACAGAGGAUCCUUACGGAGAAGAGGAUAAGUUCCGUAGACCUAUGGCUUCAGUUAAUAGUCGCCCACAAAAUGUUGAGGAAUCCAUCACCAAAGUGCAAACUGAUGCUAGCCCACCCAAGAUUGCCCCUUGGGAUGCUUCAUACUGGCGCCUGGCCCCUAAAUCCACAGGCUAUGAAGGCUACGAUGAGCGCAACGUUUUCCACAACAAAGACUUGCUAAAGCCCAGCGGUAAUGCGCCUCGAAAUGACAGCUAUGAUGAUUAUUACCGCAAACAAGUUAGCAACAAGGAACCGACCAUGAUCACUAGUGGUGGGUGGGCAAGGCCAACUCAUUCAACAUCAACUGCAGAAGUUGCAAAACCUUCUGCCACUACCUCUCCUCCUCGAUCCCGCUAUAAACAACCAGCCUAUACAGAAACUAUGGGCAACAAGGAAGCUGCUAGGCGCUAUGGAACCAGGCCAUCCACAAUAGAAGAUAGUUACACAUCAACCAUUGACGGCAGAGAGGCUGCAAGGAAAUAUAACUCAGGAGUGUGAGUCCAGUCCCAGAAUGAUUAACUAUGUCUUUGCAAUUACACAGGCCUUCCUAAGCCGACUUCACAAGUUUCUCGGGGCUUAUUAUCUACUCUACAAGUGUCUAUUUUCCCUUUCAUUUACCUGUUAUAACUAUCUGGUGUUGCAGUUAAGUUGUCCUAGACAUAUGUUUGAUGUUUCCUAUAUUACUACUUCAAUAAGAUUUCUCUGUAAGCAGUUGCAAUCUUAAUAUAGAAUUUUAUUGUUUUAUUUAA